CACUCCGUCCAGUUAGCGAGUUGUUGGGCGGGGCUUAGUGUGACCGGGCUGUUUGAACGGCGGAGAGGCGGAAGCGCCGUGUGUGUCAGUCAGUGCCAGGAUGUCGUCCGGCUGCGCGAUGUUCCUGUACGCGGAUGACUCGGUGGAGGCGCAGUACCGGGGCGGGGGGAGGCUGUGCCUGUCUCCGUGCGGGGCGGAGUUCAUGUAUGAGAGACCUCGGGCUGGCGGUCACCCGGUGCAGGGACCGGAGAGGGGCCGCCACAGGACGGAGUUCGUGACCAGCAGCUGCCGGGACCAGGUACUUCAUGCUCUAAACUUCCGCAACACAUUUGCCAGCCGUCCGUUUCUACCUUCGAGUCUCAUACCGUCAGAGAAAAGAAUUAGUCUUUUGACUGAGAUCUCGGAGGUUACAUGGCCCACCGUGGAGGAUGAUACAAGAUAUGUGGCACAUCUGGAUGAUGGCCGUGUGAAGGUUUCCUCCUUGGAUGGGUAUGCCCAUUUAUACAUGACCCCUCUGCAGAAAGAAUUCACAGUGGAGUUUUUAUGCCAGCUCAGUUGUACGAUCCCUGCACCAGACACGGCAUCCCACAGCAAAGAUCUAGUGAACAGCGAUCCCAGGGCAGCAGGAAAUAAAACCCCGAGAGACAUCGGCCGGACUAAAUAUUCUUCUUGUGUCUUCAACGAGGAGACCCAGCUGUUUGUGACCAAACAUGCCUUUCACUAUACAUGGCUGGUACAGCGCUUUUCUGUAUCCUGCUGCCCAGAGUCUCUUCAGUAUCCUAUGGGAUUAGCUCUCCAUUUCCACAGACAAAAGGAACCUGCAGACAUCUGUGAGACUACUGCUGUUCCGGAUCAUUCGGAACAUCUUGAAAAUGUUUCUUUUGUACCAAGAGCUCUGCCUCUGAGGUGUCCUGCUACUCACAUGCACAGAUCUAAUUUUUGGAACGUCUCCUUGGAAAAAGACAAUGAAUCCACAGUGCAUCCAUUACCCCUGAAGGUUGUGAUGUGCAAUGACAUCCUUUACAGAUUCUUUUUGGAAGGUACCAAUUUGGUGGAAAUACACCCAGGAGAUGGGUCCGUUUUUCUUUCAGUGGGCGAAUCCAUGGGGAAAUAUUUCAAACACUACUUCCUUACAGGAGACACAAAACGGGCAGAAGACCGACUCUAUACUGUGAGAGAGCUCCCUCCUGACAAGCCAAGAGCAUUGUAUUCCGUGCGUUCCAUCAUAUCCCAGGCUAGAAGAUUUUUAGAAUCCUGUUGCAGGAACAAGCUUUCCCUCAAUGCUCUGUCUCACACCUGUUGUUGGAAGAUGGAACAUGGGCCGGACGGCAAAGCCGCUGUACCGGUGCUGCUGGAACAGUCUUUCAUCCCAGACAGAGGCAGCUUUGCCGUCUACUCUGAUAAUAUGGUGCUGGCCAGUUACCUGGAUGGUGUCCUGUUAUAUAUGACGUGGAGUUUUGCUAACUUCAAUAAAGGUGAAGAGCUGCAAGACAGCACAGCGCCACACAGAGCACCCAGUGCUUCUAAGCACCAACACUUUGGUUGGUGCUGUUUACGUUUACCUAAUGGAUCAUCAGAACUUGUGGAACUGGAGUGUCCUGGGGAGUAUGCCAGCUACAUCAGAACAGCAGCAGAAUGGUGCCAUUGGCUGGAUGAGAAGACUCUGCAAGAAAUGCUGACACCUGCUGCUACUGAACAUUGCUCGGUGGCAGCAGAACUUCACAAAAUUCAGACAUUUAACUUCCUGCUGGAAAACAGGUGUACACUGAGCCACAACAAUGAUCUUAAGCUUUCCAGCCAGCCGGCUAGUGGGGACCGCCUGCAGGAGAGAAUCGGCGAUAUAAAUAUACAGACUAUUCUGGAGAAGACAUCAAAAGCCAUACAAGAUAUUGACUUACUGCUAUCUUCUAGAAAGUAAUAACUGCGGGGAAUGAAUAAAGCAAUAGGACUUCACUCUCUGAGAAUAUUAUGCUGUCUUUGGUGGCAGUUUAUAUGUAUAUAUUGCUUUUGUAGUGGAAGGAAUGGGAUUCUGUGCCAGAUGAAAGUGUAUUUUAUAUUUUGUUUUCUAUCUCUGUAAUGACGGACUGAAGUUUCAUUGCCUGUGUGCUUCAUGGAUUCAGACUGAUUAUAGUAUUCCUUUUGUAAGGCAAUAUAUUCAUUUAGUGA